UUUAACUAAUUUUCUUUUUUUUUCGUUUCCAGGUAUUCGUUAUUCGAUGGAUGUUUCUCGGGAUGAAGUGAAGGCCCUCUCCGCUUUGAUGACCUUCAAAUGUGCCUGCGUUGACGUUCCGUUCGGUGGAGCGAAGGCAGGCAUUAAAAUUAAUCCUAAGGAAUAUUCCGAUCACGAGUUGGAGAAAAUUACUAGGAGGUUUGCUUUAGAAUUGGCUAAAAAAGGAUUUAUUGGACCUGGUAUUGAUGUCCCAGCUCCCGAUAUGGGAACCGGCGAACGUGAAAUGUCUUGGAUCGCCGACACUUACGCUAAAACGAUAGGCUACAACGACAUCAAUGGACAUGCCUGCGUCACCGGAAAACCAAUUAACCAAGGUGGCAUCCACGGCCGCGUAUCAGCUACUGGACGAGGAGUUUUCCACGGAUUAGAAAACUUCAUUAAUGAAGCUAAUUACAUGAGCAUGAUCGGAACAACACCCGGAUGGGGUGGCAAAACCGUUAUUAUUCAAGGUUUUGGUAACGUCGGUCUGCACACCAUGAGAUAUCUUCACAGGGCUGGAGCUACUUGUGUGGGGAUCAUCGAACAUGAUGGAUCCAUUUUUAAUGCUGAAGGAAUCGAUCCAAAGGAUUUAGAAGAUUACAAAGUAGCAAAUGGAACGAUUGUUGGUUACCCCGGUGCUAAAGCUUACGAAGGAGAGGGUCUUCUUUAUGAGGAGUGUGAUAUCUUGGUUCCAGCUGCGAUUGAAAAGGUUAUUCAUAAAGAUAACGCGCAUAAAAUCCGUGCUAAAAUCAUAGCGGAAGCUGCUAAUGGUCCAACAACGCCCGCCGCCGAUCAAAUCUUAAUCGAAAAGAACAUCUUGGUCAUUCCCGAUUUGUACAUCAACGCUGGGGGUGUCACUGUGUCCUUCUUCGAAUGGCUGAAGAAUUUGAAUCAUGUCUCUUAUGGAAGAUUAACAUUCAAAUAUGAAAGAGAUUCCAAUUUCCAUUUAUUAGGUAAAUUAAAUUUAUUUAAACUAGUUUUAUAUUAUUAUUUUUUGAUAAUUUGUUUUUCAGAGUCUGUUCAAGAAUCUUUAGAACGUAGAUUUGGUCGUGUCGGCGGUCGCAUUCCGGUAACUCCAUCCGAGUCUUUCCAAAAGAGGAUUCACGGUGCCUCCGAAAAAGACAUUGUCCAUUCUGGUUUGGAUUACACGAUGGAGAGAUCGGCGAAAGCCAUCAUGAAGACGGCGAUGAAAUUCAAUUUGGGAUUGGAUUUGAGAACGGCCGCUUAUGUAAAUUCGAUCGAGAAGAUCUUUACCACUUAUAAUGAAGCCGGUCUUACUUUCUAAAUGGGGAACAUUUCGUCAAGAAAAUAAGAAUAAAAAAAUCUAUUCGUUUAAUAAUUUUAUUGAUUACAUAUUAAUUACUUUUACUCAAUUAUGUGGAAUUAAAAACAUAUUAAUUAUUUUCGGUCGUAAUGAUGAUGGCGAAGAUGAUGCAUUGAAUUUGUUUGCCUUUAUUUUUAACAGUAUUUACUUAAGUCGUUUUUAUCUAUGAUUCGAUUGAUUUUAUGAAAACGUAUGAGAUUGCGUUUGAUAUUUUAAAAUAAAAAAAAUUCUUCAACAAUUU